AUGCCCACUCUUCCUGACCCUCCUGGCCCCUACGAGGUCGGGGCGACAACCUUCACACUACCCAUCUCACCGCGCGGAAUUGGGACACUCGAGCCGGCGCUGCUGCUCGAGGAGGUUGCAUUCACCGCAUUCUACCCUACCUCUCUAAAGCAAUCCCCUCUGCCGAAAGCAUUCCGCAAGGGGCUUCAUUGGUUGACGCGGCCACUGCGCGAUGCGGUGCAGGGCUACGCCCAUUUUGCCGGGAUCUCGGCGAUGCUCGUUUGGCCGCUGGUUCUCUUCUUUGGAUCUCAGCUCAAGAUCCCUGUAUAUCUGAAUGCUCCGCCGCUUUCGCACGACACUGCGUCACAGGCUAGCAUCGACGAUGCAUCAAGUUCUGUCCCGAAGUCGACGAGCUCACCCUGGCCGCUUGUUAUCUUCUCCCACGGGCUGGGGGGAGGUCGCACGACAUACAGUCAGCUGUGCGCCCACCUAGCGUCUUCUGGUAGGGUCGUCUUGGCCCUUGAGCAUCGUGAUGGCACAGGCCCGGUCUUCAGGACGCGAUCCGUCGAUCCUGCAACGUCUCAUAGGGGACUCUACCUCCGUCCAGAGGAUGUAAUUUGGGACGAGGAGGUACCACCGGAGGAAGCGAACCUGGCACUGCGUGCGGAGCAAUUGGAAUUCCGGCGAUGGGAGGUUUACCUCGCAUACCAUGCCUUUCGCUCUCUCACCGGCGAGGGAGAGCACCAGUCAUUGCUGCGCGUUGAUGGAGCGUCUAUAAUUGGGGAAAUAUGGAAGGGUGUCGCCAGGUGCGACAAAGAUGUUGCGCUUGUCGGCCAUUCGUUCGGAGGGGCCACUAUUUUCUCGACCUUGUCCAACCCUCCUCCAAGCACAGAUACUCGUCCGAUCCCUAUUUCCCAUGCGCUCGCGCUUGACCCAUGGCUGGAACCCCUCCCUUCCCCGGGUCCGUCACCCAUCGCAUCCGCUAACGAUCAACACCCCAAGAUGUUCGUGAUCAAUGCAGAGGGGUUCACACUGUGGAAGGACCACUUUACCCGUCUCCAAGACCUCGUCCGGGCAUGGGACGGCGGCCGUCUGAUCACGUUUGUGGGCGCCACGCAUCUGUCCUUCUCCGAUUUCCUCGUCAUGAUGCCGCGCCCUCUGCGAGAUGCUUCUGCAAAACCGAACCUCCGCUCUAUAAACAACAUCGCGCAGUCGUUCUUGGAUGAUAAAUUGGAAGAGGCUCUGGAUGGGCUGACGACGCGCAAGAUGGAAAUACAUUGGGUCGAUCCGUCGCGGUGGUCGAGGAACAAGAGGAGGAAGCGGAGGUUGGUGGGGAAUGUCGGAGAUGUGGUCCUACACUAG